CACAUGCAGGACUGCUCGGAGGCAGAGGGGAAAGACUGAAGCUCCUUUUAAAGAGGUGUCUUCCACCUGCACCCUGGUGUCUGACCUGCAAGGUUCCACUAAACCAGCAUCACAGAGGAAGAGAAGCUCUUUACCAAGGUGUAAAACUGUGGAACAAGUGAUGGAGGACGUGAUGGAGUGCCAAUACGACUUCGAUCUCACCUACAUCACUGAGAGGAUCAUCUCCGUCUUCUUCUCACCAGAGCUGGAGGAGCAGCGGUACUGCCAGAACCUGCAGGAAGUCGCAUCCAUGCUCCAGUCAAAGCACCAAGACAAGUUUCUGCUCCUGAAUUUAUCAGAGAAGAGACAUGACAUUAAUAGACUUAACCCAAAGGUGCAGGACUACGGCUGGCCCAAUCUUCACGCCCCUCCUUUGGACAGGAUUUGUGCCGUUUGUAAAGCCAUGGAGACCUGGCUGACCUCUGACCCUAACAACGUAGUGGUUCUUCACUGCAAAGGAAACAAAGGAAAAACUGGGGUGAUCGUGGCAGCAUACAUGCACUACAGCAAGAUCUCAGCUGGAGCAGACCAGGCGCUCACCACUGUGGCCAUGAGGAAGUUUUGUGAGGACAAAGUCUCUUCUUCUCUACAGCCAUCUCAGAACAGGUACAUCUACUACUUUAGCAGUUUGUUGUCCGGUUCCAUCAAGAUGAACAGCAGUCCUCUCUUCCUUCAUCAGAUCCUCGUUCCCUCUCUGCCAAACUUCCAGACUGGAGGAGGUUUUUAUCCUUUUCUGAAAAUCUACCAGUCUUUACAACUAGUGUACACAUCAGGAGUUUAUGAUCCUCAGAGCUCACGGGCGAGAAAGCUGUGUGUGACUCUGGAGCCAGCACUACUCUUAAAGGGGGACAUUAUGGUGAAGUGCUACCACCGGCGGAGCAGAGCAGCAGAGCGUGAGGUGGUGUUCAGAGUCCAGUUCCACACCUGCACCGUUCAUGGUGCUCAACUGUGGUUCGGCAAAACGGAGCUAGACUCAGCCUGUGCAGAUGACAGAUUCCCUCCAGACGCUACAGUGGAGUUCAUCUUCGCUAAUGGACCAGAUAAAACAAAAGGUCGAGACUGCAGCAAAGAUGACACGUCCAUUAAGGUAGACUACAACACCUCAGACCCUGUGAUCAGAUGGGAUUCCUAUGAAAACGUCAACCUCCACCACCAGGACAGUGUGGAAAAUAUCUCUCACACGAGAGGCCCAAUAGAUGGCAGCUUGUAUGCGCAAGUGAAGAAGCGACGUGGACCCAGCACCACUGCCUCACCAACUUCACCCAAUGGAUACCUCACUACCAGCCCAACUACGAAACCCCAGUCUGCCUCCAAACACCAUCCACUCACCCUCAACUCCAGCUCCAGGUGCCCCACAGACACCUCAGGUCACCUGGUGGAAGCCUCGCCACCCAUGAACUGUUCUGAUGGUCCACAGAGUGGGGAAGUGGAGGAUAGAGCAAAGCAGAAGAUGAGAGAGAAAGAAAGAGACAGAGAAACAGCCAUUCUAGAUGAUGGGGAUACUUCGAGUCCUGGGGUUUUGCGGCAUGAGCGAUCGUGUUGUACUCCAGCAGCUACAAAGUGUGGUGAUACAGGAUGGGAGAGGGACAGAGAACUCUGUCUUUCCAACGGCCACUGUCUUGGACAUUUCAACAGCAUUAAAAAGCACCCAAAAAGCCAAACACUGCCAGCUUUACCAUCCAAAUCUCUGUCCCCUCCUCCUCAUUCAACUCAACUGGAGCUCUGCCAUCGCCACAGUACCCAUCCUUUACCUGAGUUACCAUGGGAACGUCCGCUCAAUCUUCCAUCAAUGCCCUGCCUUCAUGGACCAUGUUGCCCUUAUCCAACCCCUGAACAUGUCCACAGUCACAGCCACACACUGCCAGGCUCAAACAGAUUUUGCACUGGAGAAGAAUGUCAUCUCUUCCACUAUCCCAGCCAUGUGGCUCACCCCUCCCGCCCACCACAACCUGGAAGCCCUUACAGAGAAAUCUUCUUCAGCACUCCUACAUCAUCCUCUUAUUGCUCCUGUCAGGACUGUACCAGCAGGCGAGAGCAACAAUCGGCCUCAGUCAGAAGGUUCCACCAUCCACACCAGAACCACUCAGAAAACUCACACUGGUCCCAAAGAGUCGGGCUACAACAGACAAGAGAAACACCUCCAAUUUGGGAAACUGAAAAGCCUUGGGAGUUUAUGAGGGAGGCAGAAUUCUGGCCGUGCAAGCCAUCUAUGCCAGCAUUUCACCUCUGCCACUCGCCUUUAGACCAGGUUCCAAAUCCAGAGCAACCUAGAAUUGCCAUUGCACCUCACCAGAACUACCCCGUCCCCCAGUCAUUGAUGGAUGCAAGAGAUGGUGCCAGCAGUGGGUAUCACACACCUUUACAGCCCCGCCACUCCUGUCCCUGUUCGCCAUAUCUGUCAUCCCCGUCUGAAAGCCGUGAAAGCCGAGGUUAUGUCUCAGGAUACCAUUCUGGAUCAGCCUCACCUCAACCUGACAGUAGCCCAUCUCCUGGAAGAGGAAGGUUUCCUGAUAUCCCUUUAGGAUCUGGAGACCAACUGCACUCUGAGCACCACAAAAUGGAAAAAGUCAAGACGGAUGCAGAAGAUGGUGUUUCUCAUGAUUCCGAGGGUAAAUGUGACUCUCUUGGUCAGUCAAGCACCCCUGGAGUGGACUCUGAUCAUGACUACACACUUAUUGGUAGCAGCAGCCCAACUCACACUGAAGACAGUGUAAAUGCUGACAGCCCCCUUCAAAGCCAAGAAACUGCUGCAAAUCUGGAGUCCAAUACAAAUACCAUCAAGUCCAUCAAAUCAGUACAGUCAGAGACACAGACUUCAACCAUAUCUGAAAACUCCAUAUCCAGAGAAUCUUCUCAUAGUCCCGAUCAUACAAUUGAAGCUGCUAAAGCCACAACAAACACAGAUAGAAAUACCCAAUCAAACGCAACAAACUAUGCUACUGUCAUCAUCACUCCAGUCCAAGUGCAACUCAAUGGAUCUGCCCUCGCCAUCGAUGCCCAAUCCAACCGCUCCCCAAAUUCCCUCAGUGGCUCCCCAGAUUUGCAGUCAUCUCCUCAAAACUCCACAUUUGCUGCAGACACAGCAGGACAAAGGCUGACACCAGACAGAGAUGGGUCAGCUGACACCAAACCCCCAUCACCUGUACCUGAUGGAUAUCACACACCCAACUUUCCCUUAGCAUCAUACUACUACUCUUUACUAAACGUUCCCCAUGUACCGUACACUGGGUACACUGCUGUAACAAUCCCCCCUGUCCAGCCGCCGCUUCCAGAGAAGAAACGAUUUUCCUCCACUGCAGCAUCCCUGAACGGACACAAUGCUCUGCUUAGAGUCUCCUCAGCUCCUUCCCCAAUGCACCAUGUUACUUUCUCUCCUGCAGUGAGCGAGCAAAAGAGGGGGUCCACAAAACACAGCUGUUCAGAAGAGGCGGACAUCAAGGUUAAUUCAAAGUUUGUUCAGGACAGCUCCAAGUACUGGUACAAACCAGGUAUCACCAGAGAUCAAGCCAUUGCUGUUUUGAAGGACAAGGAGCCAGGGGCUUUUCUCAUUCGAGACAGUAACUCAUUCCAGGGUGCUUAUGGAUUGGCUCUAAAGGUGGUUACUCCUCCUCCUAAUGCCAAUAUCACUGGAAACAAAGGGGACCCUCUGGAACAGCUGGUGAGACACUUCCUCAUCGAGACAGGGCCACGGGGAGUGAAGAUCAAGGGCUGUCAGAAUGAAUCCUACUUCGGAAGCUUAUCUGCUUUGGUGUACCAACACUCAAUUACUCCCAUCUCUUUGCCAUGUGCCCUAAGAAUUCCAGAAAAAGAUCUGGUUGGGGAGCUUCAAGAGAGGCAAAGUGCAACAAAUACCAGUACCGCAGCUGAACUCCUUAAACAAGGAGCAGCAUGCAACGUCUUCUACCUAAACUCUGUAGAAACAGAGUCCUUAACAGGGCCGGAGGCGGUUUCCAAGGCAACCAAGUGUACCAUGGCCCUGAAUCCACGCCCAGUGCCAACAGUGGUCCACUUCAAAGUGUCCUCUCAAGGGAUCACACUGACUGACAGUAAAAGAAGACUGUUUUUUAGGCGGCACUACCCAAUCAGCAGUGUCACUUUCAGCAGUCUUGACCCCAAAGAUCAGAGGUGGACUAAUUCUCAUAGCACAUCAAGCAA